UGUUAAUGGUGUAUAAAGAGGGGAUUUAAGCAGGAUUAACCCAUGCAGCUGUAACACUGAAACACAAGGACACAUAUUAAAACCCCAACGACACACAGUUUUCCCCGUUGCUGUCACAGCACACAGCUGACGUUUCUGAGCUGCAAACCUCAGCUGCCCAAAACUUGAAGAAUUCUGCAUGAAACGGUGACUUUAAUUUCUGAAAUGAGGGGAACGUUUCUCUCACACAAAACGCCUCUGCACCGCGUGCUGACACCACACCAGGCUCGGGCCGAGCCGGAUGGGGCUGGCACAGCUGUCCCCACGCCUGCAGCUCUUCCAGCUGGCACCGCGGCCCUGCGGCAGCUGCUGCGGGUUUCUGGGCUUCGGGGGGCGGGGAGGCGGCACGACCCGGGGCACGGCGCCUGCGGUAGCCAAGCCAUGCAGCACGGCACGCGGCGCAGAGGGGAAGGGGGUGGACGUUCUAGCUUUAAAACGCUCCGUUAAGAAGACGAGCCCCAUCGCCCGCCCCUUCCUCUUCCGCCCGUCGGAGCCCCGCCUCGGCUGCAGCCGCGGUGCGGCAGCCCCGGUUAGGAUUUGACUAUGGGAGUGCGGUUCCUGUGGAAGACAUCUGUCUGGUUAAAGAAGCACAAGAUCACCUUGUUGGCUACUUCUUGCGUGGGACUGUUUGGUGCUAACCUUUCCUAUCAUGCAUUUCCUGAGCAGACGUUCAAACUGUUGCACGAGUGCUGGUCAGAUGGGCAGCCAGCUGAGCUUUCUCAGAGGCUCCGUGCUGUCUUUCAGGAUGUCCUUCAAGAUACUGCAGUGAAGUCCACCAAUUACCAGGCCUUUGCAGCUUCUGGCUUCCACCCGGUCAGUGCUGGAAUCCCCUGGCUGCCUGCGGGUUCUUUGGUGGGCAUCCCUCCUAAUUUUGAUAGCACAAUCGAGGAUAAAAGAGGAAUAGUCAACCACGUUGUUGUGAUUGGUGGCAAGAAAGUAGACUGGGAAAGCAAUGAAGGUGUUGCUUUGAAGGAAGCUCUGACGUUUUCACUUGAAGCACAGAAGUUUGCACUUGCCAGAGAAGUUGUGUAUUUGCAGAAUGGCAGCCCGUUAGCAAGUGCAGCCGUGGCUCCAAUGUGCUUAGCUGGUACGUGUCUGUGUGGGACAGGUAUAAAGAUAGCUCUGGGUCUGCAUUCUGGCCCCAGGGUACUUCGCAGCAUCUGUAACCUCAUAAUUGCUGCCGCUGGACUAAUCCUCUAUUACAUUUCUUAUGAUGCUAUGACCUAUCACCUGGACUGCAAGGCUGACAGAAAUGCAGCUAGUGUAUCCAAAGACUAUGCCAAAGGUGGGGUGGAAUUUUAUGACAAAAUCCUGUCCCGCAACAGGAUUCUUCGUGCUCUGAUGGGCAAAGAAGGGACAAAAAUAUAUGCCCCAAGUGGUAACCUUUUCCCAAGGCACUGGUUCAGAUUAAAGUAUACCCCAUACACUUACCGAAGAGAUUUAAUUGUUAAUAUUUUAAAAGAGCUCCAGGCAUAGGAAGGGAGUGCUUGAAUUUUAAGCUUGUAAAUUAUGUAUUCUCUUUGGAACACUGCUGUGCUGCUUUUUUUUUUUUUUUCUUCCCUGUGUCUUCAUUAGAAUUUUGGGGUUUAUUUUUGCAUAUAGUUUGGAAGGAGUUAUUGCACAUUCCGUGAAUAAAGAAUUCUCUCUUAAAAUAUUAAAGAGUUGCACACAGAACGGAGCACUUUUGAAGCAUCUUAAAUCACAAGACCACUGAGGAAGGGAGCUGCUCAGAUGCUAAUCUGGAACUUGUGCUGUUCUGCUCCCCCUUACUGCCAGUUCCAGGCUGGAAAAUGGAAAGGAUAAAGUCAAACAGAGGUUGAUCAUUAUCAUUUAAACAAGGGUUUAGUUUUUUGCUAUUCUUCCUAUGUUACAGUCCUAAGAUGUUGAAAUGACUGGGAGUCUGUGUUAUGCAGUUACAUAAAUACUGAGACACAGCACUUAUGUUCUGUGUAAGUUCUUAUGCUAUGUAAAUUCUUACAGUACAAUCACUAUUCUUCAGUAUAGCAGGUGAAUUAUGCUGCCAUUUACACAAAUACAGCUAGAUUACUACAGCACCUGGAGCUUAAAUCCAGUUUCAUCAGGAUGUCACUGUGACUGCAGUGAGGAUGAGUGUCCCAACAGCAGGAGUAUGAAACCAACAUCUGCCAUAAGUUGGGUGUUUUCUCACAAGUGGGAUCGUGCUGUUCAGAAGAGGAAUUUCGGUUUGCUUUGGUAGGGCUUUUGUUUCAUUUUAAAAUACAUCUUGAUUUUUGUCAACUUUUAUGUCAAGGAAUAAAGACAAGGUCAAAGAAAUAAGUCUCUAUCCAUCACAAUAAUAAGUCUUGUCAAUGUUUACUCAAAGUAUCGCCGAGUUCUGUUUUGCUUUGGAUCACGUAUUGACAUAGAGUUGAUAUACUGACAGCUGGGGCACUGGUCUUGCUUUACAUUGCUUAAGCUGUAUCUUUUAAGUUGUUUGGGUUACUGCUGUGUGAUGGGUAUUUUUCUGAACCAUCUCUGAUCACUCGUGUUUGUCCUUGAAGCAUCAAGUCAUGAGAUGCUUCUUAGGUUCUUUCUGGCUGUGGGACAUAAGUUUAUUGUUCUCUUGACCUUUCUGAAAGAGUUUGGCAGAAUCUCCUGUUCCAUGGAAUAAAGAGACUUUACUUUCAGGCUGCAGGUUUUCAAAGCUCCAGGCUAAAUUUUAUUUGUCUUUUCUUCCAGGUAAAUCCAAUAUAAAAGGUCAAGAUAGAGUUUUGCUGGUUUAGUAACGUAGUGGCUCGAGGCUGGAAUAUAAUUCCUGUUUUAUGUAGUCUGUGAAUUCAAUUCAUCUUCAUGCUACUCCAUUAAGUCUGAAUUCCAUUAAAUAACACAGGAGAGAACUUGGCCCACUUGCUUGGCUUAAGGAGUUGCUACUACAUAAAGAGUGCAGAGAGGAAAUAGAGUCCUUAUUUGAGAUUUAUAGCAGUAGCAAUUUAAAGCAAAAUUUAGUUUAAAAAAUCAACCAGUCCUUGCUGCUUUUCAUCAGGGUGCCUGCAGCUUGUGCUGUUAUUUGACAUUCUCAGGCUGUAAAGCCCCAGUAAUGCUAAUGGAUUUUGCAGUUGUGCUCUUUGCGUUACUCUUCCAGCUGGGUUGUCCAAGCAGCUCCAAGUAUCUGUAGGUGCUGUGUCAGAUUUAGCCUUCUUUUAACUUGCCAUGGCACAUUGGUGUCAGCGUGGGAUUGCAGGCUAGUUGUUCUGAGAUAUACUCUCUUGCCUUCUUAAGAGAUGUGCUUACGAAGGGCUUGCACAUCUGGAUCUCUGUAUAGUCAAGCUCCUAUUCUAUAGCCAGCCAUGAAAUCUGGAAGUGUAGUCCUGUCAACAGAGAAGUGUCCAAAUCACAACUGCUAAUUAAGAGUUCCCAUAAUUUUGGGAAGCAUGAAUUAUCCUGCAAACUCAAGUAUAUGGCCAUGAAAAUACUCAUGCAAAGUCUUACAAUAUUGCAAAAAUAGAAAAAUGAUGGGGAAAAGCAAGUUUAUUCAGUGGCCCAGACUCAGUUUACAGAUAAUGUCAUAGUCUCCAAUAGUUCUGAAGCUGAAAAUCAGAGGAAUUCAGGAAGCAUGUUAUGUUUGUAACUGGCUUCUCUUACAGUGCUCAGAUGAGACAGAUGUGGUACAGGUUUUCAUGCAGAAAAGCAACAUAAAAUGUAAAGCAAAGGGAAUUGCUAGGAGGCUGAUAUAAGAAGUUUCAGCCAAGCAAGUAUAAAAGCCAGAGUGUGAAUGAAAUAAUGAACUCUCAUAAAAAUGAAUACUGACUGCAAAAACGAGGCUUUCUUUCUGUCUGGUGCAGUAAAUUGAUUAGAGCAUGAAGUAUGAGGAGAAAAUGACCACAAUGAGUCACUAGUUUAAAUGUAUACACAAUCUUCUUUAAAGAGAGGUUUCCCUGACAUGUUUACUUACACUAUUAUCCUGAAUUUCUAGAUAACUAGAGAAACUGAAGAGAAAAUGGUCUUUGUAACAUAAUUUUUAUAUAAAUGUUUGCUGAUACAUAAAUCUGUAAAGUAUAAUGGUGCAGGAGAUGAGAGCUCCAUGGAUGCUUUGCUCAGAAUUCCCACUGGCGUGGAGAAAUGCAGCUUUUCUUUUCCCAUACUAAGAGUGAUGGUUACUUGUCAGGGAGGUGCCUUCAGCUUGUUUAAUGGUCAGGAAGGUAAAGCUGUCAGAAGCACAGCAGGACUGAGCAGAGCAAUUUUCUUAUAGCCAGGCAAAUAGUAGAAAUAAUCUGAUUUAAAGUCAGUUUUGAAUUGCCUCCUUAUGUCGCUUACAGGGAGAAGCAGCUUCAGAAGUGGCUGAAGUGAAACCCCUGUCUAGCUUGCGUGUGAAUUAGGUUGCCCAGGAUAUUGCUAUGAGGGCUUCAAUUGAAGCGCAGUAUCAGUUUAGACAACAGCACGUCUUAUCACAGCAGAGCACUGUUAUCACCUCUUUUCACAUUAAAGUGGCUUCCAGAACCUGACCGAUAGGACGAUGAGUGCUGACUGGAGCCCGCUGCCCUACAGGGUGUGCUGCUGGUGGUGAAGAAAGUGAGGCUGGGAGCCGGGCUCCUGCUCUGCAGUUUCUGUAGCAGUUGUGAAACAUCCAUUGUGACAAAGUGUGGCUUGGGUGGGAGUGAAUUAAAAUGUAUGAAUCGAGUCAUCGCCCUCUGACUGAAUCACAGGCAGCUUUCAUUAAAGGAACAAAUGCAGACAAUCUACCCCAGAGUGAGUAGUGCCGUGCACAGCAGUUGUAGGCAUCACUAAAACAACUGCAGGCAUCUCCACUAUGUGGGAAUGCAAUGCCUGGCAAGCACUGAGGCAAGUAUUUGGGCCACAUCCUGCAACUGUUAUCUGCUCUUGUUCGUUAGAAGCUUCACGGAGCAGGUGUGAUGAUUUCAUUAGUAUAAACAUGAUUCAGUUGCAGACAGCCUGUUGCGUGUGCAGGCACCAUGUUCCUCCUUGAUUUCAUUCAUCUCAGCUGGAAAUGUGUCUGAGAAAGGCAGAAUGCACUGGUAAGUAAAGGGAUGCUAAUGUAGGAAGGCAUCACUAAGAUUUCAGGGCAGGGAGAAUGCUUGCAGAGAAAGAGAGGAAAUGAAUUUGGUUGGUGUCACAGCUAGACUUAAAAACAGUGCCCUGAUUCUCUAGGAAUUGUUAGACAAGUGAAAUCUGGAGGAGGUGAAAUGUGGAUGUUGGUGGAUAUUAGCUGAACUUCUUUUUCAUUGAGUGUGUAUCAUCAGUUUGUUUAGCAAAACAGAGUACCCUUAAGCUGUUCUAUCUGCCACAUCUGUAAAGAAAAGAAAAUUGUUAAAACAUGGCAAGAAAUUAGUCUGUGUUUCCCAUCUGAAAAGAAAAAUUCUUUUUUUCGUUUUUUUUCUUUUUUGGAUAAGGCAGCCUGUCUGGCUGUGAAACUGACAUCAGAAUUCUCCAGAAAUGCUCUCAGUUUCCUCAGUCAGACGGAGGUUGCCACGAUCACAGAAGCCAGGAGCUUUCUGUGCGCUGCAGCUCACAUGUGAACGGGGCAUGAGUUUGAAGGGAAGAGCCCUCAUCAAAUCAUGCUUCCUAGUAUGUGGGGAUCUUUAUUCCAUCCUCUGGAAGUCAGGCCAUUUUUCUAUUGUUUGCUGAAACAAUUUUCCACUGGGAAUGUUGUUGCUGCUGUAUUCUGUUCCUUUGCAUUUCCCCUUGCCCUGCUGCUCUAAUUGCCUCUGCUGACUCACUUUGCAAGCUGCUGCAGCUCAUUCAUGUAAUUUAGGAACUUAUUAAGUUCUCUCUUGCUACUUGCACUUUCAUUUGCACUACCUACUUGCUCCCAUAGUGCUUGCUAGCCAAAGACCACAGCAGCUUGAACUUCUCUUUU